UUCUAAUCUGUAAAACAACGCCCCCUCGAUCACUUCAACCAAUCAGACGAGAAGAUCAAGACGCUGUUUGUUCCUGUUUCCGUGCUGCCAUGCGAUUCCGGUUUUGUGGGGAUUUAGACUGCCCGGACUGGGUACUUGCCGAAAUUAGCACGUUGGCGAGGAUUUCGAGUGUAAAAAUGAAACUCCUCUGUGCUCAAGUGCUGAAAGAUUUGCUUGGGGAAGGCAUUGAUUAUGAAAAGGUUUCGAAGCUUACUGCAGAUGCAAAGUUUGAUAGUGGUGACAUCAAGGCCAGUGUGGCAGUGCUCAGCUUCAUUUUGUCCAAUGCUGCAAAACAUGAUGUGGACAGUGAAUCUCUGUCUAGUGAGCUGCAACAGCUGGGUCUUCCAAAAGAACAUGCGACAGGGCUCUGCAAGUCAUAUGAAGACAAACACUCUGCACUGCAAGACAAACUGAGAGAGACAAGUCUGCGAUUGGGAAAAUUGGAGGCUGUGUCCUGGCGAGUUGAUUACACCCUGAGCUCCAGUGAGCAGAAAGAGGUCAAUCAACCAAUGAUUCAGCUGAAACUACAGACUCAAGGUGCAGAGUCAGGCUCCACAGAGACAAGUGUCGUCUCAGUUUCUGCUGACAAGUUCAGAGUCUUGCUUGCAGAGCUCAAACAAGCCCAGGCUAUGAUGAAUGCACUACAGUGAAGAAAAAUUCUGUGCUGACAAACUGCCAGAAGUGCCACCUUUGCACUACACAAGUUGCUUACCUACAGUGUUCUCAGUAAAAAGAUACAGUAUGCAAGAACUGCAGUAUUCUGUCCUUGUAAAUCCAGCAUGUGGUGCCCUCCUACAUGCAGGGAGUGCCAUUAACACAUUUUUAAAAACCCUGUUGAUUUAAAAGCUUCUGUAACAAAGAACAUGGUUUAUAUAAAUUUAAUUAUGUACUGUAAAAAAGGCUAUGAAAGUGUAACUGCAGCUGAACCCACCGUCUCACACAUCCUCUGUCUUUAGCGAUUGUUUUUGAGUGAUCAUAUCGGUACAUUUUUAGAAAGUUCUUUUAUACUACAUCUUUGAAGGAAAGUUCAUUCCUCACUUGUUUUAAAUGAUAAUUGGUUGUAUUUUUCUGAUGGAUGUACUCCGAAACGCUGAAUGGACCAUUUUGUAAAAAUGAUAACAAUGUAAAAUUUUAACAGUGAUCAUGUUUUUUAAAAAGUUAAACCAAAAGCUGGUUUAUCAGAAAUAAUUAUAAUAAUAUAAAAUACAGAAAAUGAAUAUGAUACAAAAAGAUUAUAUGGAAAAGUGAUCAAUGAGUAAUUAACUGGUCAGUCAUUGUGCUUACUGUUAUUCAUGACUUUUUAAUGUAUUACAAUAAAUCAUACCCUGUAGUUUCA